AUGGGCAGUGACUACUUCAUGUGUCUGGGUAUCUUUGUGGGUGAUGGAAAUGGUCUGGAACAAGACACAGAGAAGCCAUAUCUUCCAGAAAAGUUCAUAUGUUUUUUGAAUCCCCAAACACCCACGCAGCUAAUGCCACACACGGUGGUGCUGCAUGGUCCUGUGGGCAUGGGGCAGACCCCUCUGGCCAAGAAGUGCAUGCUGGACUGGACUCAGGACAGCCUCAAGCAGACCCGCCAUGUUGCCUUCUAUCUCAGCGGCAAGGUGCUCAGCUGCAAGGAGACUUGCUCCUUCGCAGAGCUGCUGGCCAAGAUCGCCCCAGACCUGCAGUGCAUCCUUCCACAGCUCCCGGCCCAGGCACACAAGCUCCUACUGGUCAUUGACGCUUUCGGGGAGCUGAACGUGCCCUGGGGCACAGGCGCGCUGGCAUACGACCUGGGGGGCAACUGGAGCACGUGGAGGCCUGCGCCGGUGUUCCUGGGCAGCUUGGUGAAGACAAACCACACGGCCACCCUGCUGGUCACCACCCAGCCCAAGGCCCUGAGGGAACUGCGGCUCCUGGUGGAGCAGCCGCUCUUGGUGGAGAUGGAGGGGCUCUCCGAGCACGACAGGAGGGCGUAUUUCCUGCGACACUUCAGAGAGGAGACUCAGGCCCUGUGUGCUUUCCAGCUGAUGAGAAGCAACACGGCGCUGUUCCUGUUCCGCAUGGGCGCGGUGCCUGCCGUGUGCUGGAUGGCAUGUACCUGCCUGAGGCUGCAGAUGGCCGAGGGCGCGGACCCCUGGCUCACCUGCCGGACCACCACAUCUCUGCUGCUGCACUUCCUCUGCAGCCGGUUUGCACCUGUGUGGGGCCAAGGCCCGGGUCCAUGCCUCGUGGCUGCCCUGCAAGCCCUGUGCCUGCUGGCCACCGAGGGCACAUGGGCGUAGACCUCAGCGUUCGAUGGACACAACCUGCACUGGUUGGGCAUGCAUGAGUCUGACCCACCCUUCCUGGACUGGGGCAUCCUUCAGAAGGACAGAGACACUGGGGGCUGCUACCGCUUCGUCCACCUGAGCGUCCAGCACUUCCUGGACCCUGUGCUUUGCAUCCUGGGGAACGAGGGCCGCCAAGAUGCAGGGAGCCCCAUCUGGCACACUGGGGGUGUGCAGAAGCUGCUCUCCAAGGAAGAGGUCUUCAAGAACCCCUACCUGGCUCCUGUGGGGUGCUUUCUGUUCUGCCUUUCCAAUGAAACCAGGGCCAGGGAGUUGGGGACAACCUUUGUCUGCCCGGUGUCUACGGAGGUCAAGCAGGAGCUACUGGAAUGCAUAGUGGGGCCCCCUGAACACAGACCCUUCUCCUCGAUGACAGACACGAAGGAGGCCUUGUAUUGUCUCUACGAACCCCAGGAGGAGGAGCUUGUGAAGGAGGCCAUGACCCAGGUCACAGAAGUGUCCCUGCAUUUGGAAGAUACCUUGGACCUGGUGCACGCAUCCUUCUGCCUCAAGCAUUGUGACCGCCUGCAGAAAAUGUGGCUGCGGGUGGCAAAGGAGACGUUCCUGGAGAAUGAUACUGAAGCCCUUCCUUCUAGGUCACAGCACGACCAUUUCUCUCUCCAUCUCUCGGUCCAUCUCUGCUCUGUGUUCAGUUCAAACAAGAACCUGCAUUUCUUCGAUGAGCCAAGCUUCCUAUGUCACUCUUCAGUGAGGAUUCUUUGUGAGCAAAUUACCCAUGUCACCUGUCAUCUCCAGAAAGUGAUGUAA